AUGCUGCUCAUCGGAUGCGCCGCGGUGGCUCGUCGAGUGAUCCCGCCGUUGUGGCCUCGCUUCCGAGCACAGGCUUCGGGACGCUACCUUAGCAACGAUGCAAAGGGACCCACAUCUGCAUUUCGAGUGUACAGAUACGUGGUCGACGUACAUGGUCAGCUGUUCAUCCACGAUACAGUGCCGAAAAAUCUGACAAGCUGCUUCAAGAACGCUGAGUUCCUUGACUUCUUCUUCAAGCGAAUACGACCCAAUCCGGAGGCGGUGACAGCCAACGUUGAGUAUCUGCACUCGGGAAAAAUAACACGGCACGACAUCCUGGGACCUCGUCCGGCAACAGACUUGCGUACGGACUGGAGCGACGUUGCACCGUUUAACGGCACCAUCGAUAGAAGAGAAACACGGUCGCGAGAGGAAUUGUACUGUCAAGCAUGCAAGAACGGCAAUAGCGAAGGGUAUGAAUGGAUCUCACCGUGUGGACCUGAACUCAAUCUGGUGAGAUGUCAAGAUACGCCGAUUGUGUACCGCGAAUUGGUGGACCAUAAUGGCGUAGGGGGUAUGUUGAAAUGGGCAGGCAGCUUAUGGGAGCCAUUUCAGCCGGACAAGCUGAUAGUCGAUCCGUCCAACGGAUACGUAUAUCAUCCUUGUCCACAGCCUUCCAGACGCCGUCGUGGACCGAGGUCAUCUGACGUCGAAACAGAGCAGAGGUACGGAGGUCUUAGUCUGCUUGGUUCCAACUUGGUACUUAGUCAGUUGGCCGAGGGAUUGGAGAUUGAUCCGGAUGCUUUCGAGAAGGGAUUGGGCGGUAGCAUCGAAUGGAAGGGCGAGCGGUUUCAACUGGGUUUGCUUGGAACUCACGGCCACGUGCGCAAAUGA